UAUCCAUCUUUUAUUUAUAACAACAACAACCACUUGUCAGUUCAAAACAAACUUAAAAUUUUUUAAAAGUUAUAAAGAACAAAUUAUUCUUAAUUUAAAAAGGAAAAUUUACAUUUUACAAGUUCAGAAGCGAAAUAAUAUAAUUAUUCAAAAAUAGUUUUUUUGUAUAAUAAAAAAAAUUUUAUACAAAAAAAAUCCUGAACAUGCAUUUAUUUUCAGUUGCUAAACGAAUCCUUAUUAACAUCUAGAACAUAUAGUUAAAAUGAAUGAAAUAGAUACAAAAAUGUUAUUAAACAUAGAAACAAAACAAGGGACAGAAUUAUCUAAUAAUGCUGAUAGAAAAUGUGAGGAUGAUGAAAAUAUUUGGUGGGCUAGUGAAAGUACUUCAAGCACAGGAUCUUACAGUUCUGAUUCUGACAGUUCUAUUGCUGAUUGGGAAGCAGAAAUUAAUGCAUCCGGUGAAGUAUUCUAUAUUGAAUCGUAUCCAGAUUUUAUUGUUGUCAAUGAAAAAUUAUCAGAAAAUGAAAACCAGUUUAAAUCAUCUCAGUUCGUCAGACGGAAAAGUACGACUGGAAAGUUUACACGUUUUAUUAAACAACGUGAAAGUAUUCGAUGUAGUACUCGUAAUAAAACACUUCAAAAUACUUCAUUAAAUACUGAAAAAACUUCAAAUAAAAGUAAAAAUUCUUGUGUAAAAAACUUUUUGAGAAAUAAGACUUAUGAAGUUUCAUUAACUAUAGAUCUAGAAAAGAAACAAAAUUUAGGAAGAAGAGCUUCUAAAUGCGAAGCUUAUUUGGGUAUAAUACCUGGAAUUUCAACAGAUGGUACAAAAGUUGUUGUUACUGGUUUUGUUCCACAUGGAGAAGCUUUAAAAUCACAAUGUAUCAAGGAAGGUGAUUAUUUGUGUCGUAUCAAUUCUACAAAUGUUACUUUUGAAAAUUUGAACAGUAUUCUUUCGAAUAUGGUUUCUUCUACUGAUGUACUACUGGAAUUCCAGCGAAUCACAAUCAAUAAAACAGAAAAUUUACCAACUAUGAAUUCUCCAAAUCAAUCUAUAUUAGUGAAACAAAUUGUCGAUCAAAGUAAGUGUAAAUUAUACAUGGAUAAUAUAUCCAAAGAUUCUAUUGGAAUCAUGUUUGUAAAAGCUACAAAUCUUGCUGAAGUUGUACCUGAAUCGCAGGAUAUCAUAUAUGCUUUUCCUAAAAUAGAAGAUAUGACACAAGAAACAUUACUUUCUGUAACGAGAGGAGCUUUCGUUACAUUAAAUCAUAUGAUAACUGACAUAUUAGGACCUCGUUUAAUAAGUUCCACUAUACUUUGUAAAAAACAAAAAGUGUAUAUUUCAUACACUACUCGAGAGGAUUAUUUACUUUUAAUAUCCUUACCAAACAGUUGUUGCAACGAACAUCAAGCUGUCGAAUUGACUACCGACAUUGUUCGAAUGCUUGAAUUUACAUAUGGGAAUUUGACCCAAUGUUUUACUUCUGUAGAUAAUCACUCAUCAUUGGAUCAUUUACUUUUUCUUAUUUGUCAACGAAUUCAAUUAAAAAAGUCUUCUUCUGAUGUGGUAAAUGAUACAGCGGAAACACAAAACUUUUCAACUAUUUUACCGUGCGCUCAAUUAAUUCGUUUGCCGAAAGAAGCACAUAUACAAAUAGACUCUGCUUUAAAUGAAAUGGAAGCUAUGGAUUAUCGAGAUUGGAAUGAAGAUCCAAUGAAUUGUCAGCGUUUGUAUACAAUCAUUGGUAGUUGCUUGUAUCAUAAAAGUUAUUUAAUUGGAUCUCAUUUACCUGACAAUAAUUUAAUUAAAGUAAAUUCUUUCCUACGACAAUAUGGACUACUAAACUUAGUCACAAAUGAGUCAUUAAAAGCAUUAAUAAUAUGGAAAAAAGUUCAUCCUUCCCUACCAACAGAAGAAUUUGUGAAUAACACUACCUUUCCUCAAAGUCAGUGUUAUUUACUCAUUGUUGGAUUCAAACAUGAUUUAUUAGCAGUUAUUUUUGAAUCUGGAGGAUGUACUGCAAAAAUUGAAGAAAACGUUGGUCCUAAUCCAUUUUAUGUGGAAGAAGCUCAAGAGACUUUACAACACAUUCAAAAAAUUGGUAUACCAACAUUGGCUGCCAAAUGGAUUUUGGUUAACACUAUGGUGGACGAAUUAAAUAAAGAACAAACUUCUUUAAGAUCAUCCACAAGUAUUGCAGAGAAUCUCUUUGGAUUUAUUAAAUCUUCUGAAAUGCAAAGUUUUUCUGAUAAAACUAAUUCUAAUUCAUCAUGUAAAAAAAUACAAGAAGUACUUUCUACAAAACAGCACAAUAAUGAAGAUAAUACUAUGGCUUCUGGGUCAGUAUAUUCACUACAAGCAUCGGAUGAUUCUCAAAGCCAAGGAACAGGAGUUGUUAGUGAAAUGAGCGAUGAAGCAGCUCCUAUUCUAGGUCGUCGAGCAAUUAGAGAAAAAAUAAACUUUGCUUUAAAAUAUUCUGAAGAUAGUGACUCAGAUGUGGAUGCAUAUAAGAAUGAGAAACAAGGAAAUAACAUGGAUAUUGCCAAUAUUCGAGAGAGUCUUUUAUGUGAAGCAGAAUAUAUUUCUCCUCACAUAUUAACUGUAGGAGAUGGAAAUUAUUUACUUCAUUAUUUACAUUUGGAUCUAUGUGAAGGAAUUUUAAUAUCAUCAUUUUUUGAUAAAUGUGUUAUAAAAAAUUCAGAAAUAGUUAGCAAAUUUUCUAGAUGUGUACAAAUGAUGCAUACAUUCUUACAAAAUACUUUAAGAUAUAGAAAAAUUGUAAAUCAAGAUGGGGAAAAGAAUGUAAUUAACAAAAGUUUGGUAUCAAUCAAAGAAUAUGGAACAUUAUUUGUAUGGAAUAAUUUGAGUUAUUGGGUGGUAGGAAGAAUACUACCAUAUCCACGUACAAAAGAAAUUUAUGUUUGUUAUCAAGAUUCCACUCCACAAAAUUUAGUGGAGAUGACAUUCCGAUUGAAUUCCAUUAAUUGAAUUCUUAUUUUUAGCACUUUUUUAAACUAACUUAUUCCAGGACUAACCGAUGUUUAAUGUUUUAAUUUUAUUUUUAUACACUCUUGUGAUUUUAAGAUGAUCUUAAAUCUUUUUUAGGAUGAUUCAAU